AUGGGCUCGUUUCCAUCCUUUCUCCGCAACGUGGGCUCAUCGUUUGAGAACCUAGUCACCGAUCGUGACAUCAACAGCGUCUCUGACCUCGCUCUUCGAUGCCUCUCGGCCUGCAUACCGUACGCCGCUUGGCAUGCCGCCCGCUCCGCAUUCGACCUGCUCGACGACUACUCGCGGGCCAACUGGGGUAUCGGUCUGGACGGCCCGUGGUGCAUCGUCGGUCUCCUCCUGGAUGCCGUCCUCGCACCGCUUUUGGCGCCCGAGCACAGCGUGCUGCGACUUGCCUCCUUUUUGCUCAGCCUCAACCUCCUCGAAGGGAGCUUCCCCAGCAGGACCCAGCCCUGGCACUUUGUCGGCAUCUUGGAGAUUGGUCUCCUGACGCACUGGAUGCAGUUGAAGGCACGGGAUGAGGAGAUUGCCGAGCUCGAAGAGCGGCUGCAGCACGAGAUCGAGAUGCUCUCGGCCGGCGGCGCCGGCAGCGUGCCGGCCACACCUCGUGCGUGUUACCCUCCUGGUGCUCCUCGCUCACGAGCGAACGGGUCUGCGCUGACUACUCACAUGCUCACCAGCCCGCGGUCCUCCCUCCCACCUCAAGAUCUACGAUGCCAAUUUCCCUCAAGGUAG